AUAGAUAAAACAGUUGCAAUUUAGUGAUAGUACAGUGAACACUCCAUUUUCUUUCCAGCCAAACGCGAACAGUGAAAUCAUCAUGUUUAGGUUUUCCUUUUUCUUUAAUCUCAUCUGCCUGUAUUUGGCCAUCAAAAGUGCACUGAGCGUAGAGGUUGAUUCAAAUGAUCAAAAGUUUGCGGACCUGCAACCGUCCGGACGUGCGGCGGCGCCGGAUGCCAGUGCGACAGAUGCUACCGACGGCGCCUUUAGACGGGAGGAAACUGCCGACGCACUGAGCAAACGGGCUGCCGCAAUGUGGUUCGGACCGCGGCUCGGUAAGCGAACCAUCGCCACGGACCUGCACGACGAUCUGGUGGAAGAGUUCGACAGUGAACCGUUGGGCUAUGCUGGGGAACCACCGCAAAGGCUGGCCGCCGAACUCGUUCAGGGUGCACCGUACCUGGUGCUGCUGCUCACAGCGAAACCAAGCAAACCGCAGCCAGCAUUCUUUCACACCACCUCACCACGGCUCGGACGGCGCGAUUCGGUCGGCGAAAAUCAUCAGCGGCCACCGUUUGCACCACGGCUCGGACGAAAUCUGCCCUUCUCGCCACGGCUAGGGCGGGCGUACAACGGUGGCUACCCGCUACCGUUCCGCUUCGAAGCGUACUGAUGCCGAUGCCAACAACGCUGAACUGUGACACGGUGUGUGCCGUAUGGCCUGUGGCUGGCUUACCGGCGGUGGAGUUUAUCGGAAUUAAUUGAUAACAACUAGAAUGGCUGGAAUCCGAUAAACUCAACUGGCCGGUAAAAGGGCCCAACUAACUCCGAACGAACUGUUACUGCACGCUCUACUGUAAUAAAGUAUUACGAAUCUCCAAAACUUCAAAUCAUCAUCUCACCAAA